CGUCACCGCGCCCCGCCCCCUUGCCCACCUAGCUGGGCGGGGCUCCGCAGACCAGCGCAGGUGGACCUGGCAGUGCCGAGACAGCCUAUCCUGUCCGACAUGGACAAUCCCCGCGAGUCGCCCACGGACAAAGGUGGAGAGACAGGAGAGCCAGAUGAAACGGUCACUGCUCCCGAGGACCCGGGGGCUACCGAUACGGACGGGAUCCCACAGGAAACGGACGGAGACGGAGAAGGGGCCUUGAAAGAAGUUGCAGUGGAGGAAGGCGAGCUCAAGAGUCAGGAUGUCUCAGAUUUAACAGCAGUUGAAAGAGAAGACUCAUCAUUACUUACUCCUGCAGCCAAAAAACUGAAAAUAGAUACCAAAGAAAAGAAAGAAAAGAAGCAGAAAGUGGAUGAAGAUGAGAUUCAGAAAAUGCAAAUCCUGGUUUCUUCUUUUUCUGAGGAGCAGCUGAACCGUUAUGAAAUGUAUCGCCGGUCAGCUUUCCCUAAGGCAGCCAUUAAAAGGCUGAUCCAGUCCAUCACUGGCACCUCUGUGUCUCAGAAUGUUGUUAUUGCUAUGUCUGGCAUUUCCAAGGUUUUCGUCGGGGAAGUAGUAGAAGAAGCACUGGAUGUGUGUGAGAAGUGGGGAGAAAUGCCACCGCUACAACCCAAACACAUGAGGGAGGCUGUCCGAAGGUUAAAGUCAAAGGGACAAAUCCCCAACUCAAAGCACAAAAAAAUUAUCUUCUUCUAGACCAAAGUCUAGAAAGGCCUAUUACUGACAAAAGUGCUGGUUCCAGACUUCCUAUUAAAUGAGACUUUCUGCACUAGUGCUUUAGUAUCUCAGUACUCCAAGGAUUCCAUAAACAUUUUAAUGUCUUUCUCAGAACUCUAAUAUUUGCACAUCUAGAAGGCAUGCAGCCUGUUUCAUAUUUAUUUUCACUAAUUUUGGGAUCUCUGAGGGCAUUUUGAGAUUUUUAUCUCUUGGCUAGCUGAAAGAAAGGUACAUGGGCCUUAAGCAUCUUCUGGACAGGAGAGCUUCUUUCAGAGACAGAAAACCUUUCCAAGAGUGCUUUGAUGGUUUCACAUUGAAGCCUAAAGUUGCUAAGACAGGUUCUUUUUUAUGUCUGGUUUUAAGUAGAUGAAACCACCAGAAACUUUUAACUUGUGAUACUCUACCAGGAAGGACAUGGUGAUGGCAGCAGUAGUAGAAUAAUUUGUGCUUGUAAGCUUUUAGGGUUCUCCUGUGGAUUUUAGUGAGUGAUCAUUAAACGGUUUUCCAACUUGC